AUGGAAUCCAAUACUAGCCCAGAUCUUGCCGCAUUGGCCCUACAUAUUCAGUCACUCGCAGCCACUGUGGAGGAACUUACCAGGCAAAACCAAGAGAUGAGGCAGCAACUACAACAUGAAAACAACCGUACAGACGUCAACAAGGAUGGCGAUGAAGAUAGUAGUAAGAGACGAACCAGCACUCCAGAAGAGGUGAGCCCAGAUCUACUCAAGGAGAUGAGAAAGGAGAUGGACGAAUUGAGAAACGCCAUCAAAGGGAAGAUGGACCAAAUCUUGGAAAGGAUAGUCAGGAAGACAGAUUCGCCUUUCACUGUGGUUGUCCAGGAGUGCCUGGUGCCCUUCAAGUUCCAUCUACCACAGUUAGAGCCCUUCAACGGGCUGAAAGACCUAUUGGAUCACUUAAAUACUUUCAAGACAACCCUGGGUCUUCAACAACCCCCUGAUGAGAUUUUGUGCCGCUCCUUUCCCACUACCCUCAAAGGGGCAACCAGGGAGUGGUUCAACAAGUUGCCAACGUUGUCCAUUGAUGAGCAACUAAGCAAUUCCUUUGUCCGUCAUUUUGUCAGCGGGCAACUUCCAAAAAGGACUACCGACCAUUUGCUCACCAUCAAACAAGGAGAGAAGGAACCAUUGAGGUCAUACGUAACACGCUUCACCCGAGGAAUUCUGGAAGUAGACGAGACGGAGGUACAGCUCACGACCUUCAAGGCAGGGUUGAAGUCCCGAGAUUUUGUGGCUUUUUUGGCUAAAAAUCCCCCCAAAACGAUGGCCGAGGCAUUAUUGAAAGCACAGAAGUAUAUGAAUGCCGAAGAAGCUCUGGCAGCCAUUGAUGGAGCAGAAAGAAGCAAGGAAAAGAAAAAGGAAAAGGAAGAUGAUCGAAGAGGACAAAAAAGAGAUCGAGCUGAUCGACGGAAUGACGAAGGAAAUAGACGGAGGGAGGACAAGAACCCUCAUCCAACGAAGUUCACACCGUUAGUGAUGCCUGUUGACCAGAUUCUAAUGGAAAUAAGAGACGAACCAUCUCUUAAAUGGCCGAGGCCACUCCAUUCAUCACCUAGUUUGCGCGACAAGAGAAAAUACUGCUGCUUUCACAAAGACCAUGGGCAUUACAUAGAGGAUUGCAAAGAUCUAAAGGAGCAGAUUGAAGAACUUAUACAGAAAGGAAAACUAUAA